AUGGCCCAGAACUCACAAGGCAACAAGCCGAAGUGGAAGGUCGGCUCUUUCCUACAACAGGCUGUCGCGGGUGUCGAAUCUAGAUUGGACCAAAUAUUAGCGGAAGAGGAGGAUCAAAAGCAACUACAAGCGAAGAGCACGGCCACAAAAUCUAAGUCCACAGAGCAACCCGGGAGUAUGGUCCAUUCCGUCCACCUCUCCCGCAGCUCGUCCAAUGCUCGGAAGAAUGAUCGGCUCCAGGAACGUCUCGCUCGUGCCAUGGUGAAGAACUCGCCGGGCUCUCUCGCUACCCAAGGCUCCAGCCGGAAUUCAUCACCCGUUACUAGUCCGAAUCCCAGCAACGGUGCCCGAUCUAGUAUGGACAUCGACUCUAACCUUGGCUCGCCAUCUUUGAAUGCAGGGAGACACUCUAGAAGCUCGAGUCAAGUCGAUGGAAGCACGGCCGAUGGGAACGAGUCGCGCAACAGCCACGAUUCGGGUGACCCGCGGGCGUCGAACGAUAUGAACAGGCUAUCGACCGAGACUGCACUACCCCAGCAGACUUCUUCAGAGAAUGAAAGUGACGCUGUACAAGAUUCCACGCCUGGUGCAGCAAAACCGCCGGUCGACGAGCCAGAUUCAUCUGCGCCUGCGACAUUACCUCGGUCAACGGAGCCUGCCGAAGCAUCCAGCGAUACUUUCAACAGCCAAGAAAAGUCCGUCGCACAAUUACAGGCCGAGCACAAAGCUGCUGAGUCUCACUGGCAGGAGGAGAUGUAUGGCUAUAUUGAGCGGAUCGAUGCACUCCAGUCCAAGCUCAAAUACCUGGCAAAAGAAGCCGCCGAAUCCGCCAAGAAGGCUGCUGCAACGGCGGAACCGGGUAGCAUGGAAAGACAAUUGAGAGAAAAGGACGAGAAGAUAGCCCUUCUUCUUGAAGAAGGGCAGAAGUUGUCCAAGUCGGAAAUGGAUCAUCGGACGGCUAUCAAGAAGCUGAGACAGCAGUUGGCGGAGAAUGCGAAAUCUCAAAACGAGACGAAGAAGAAAACAGAGAAAAUGGAACGAGAUCUGGCCGACGCCGAGACCCGAGCCAAGCGAGCAGAAGCCGCCGAAAAGAGGGCGUAUGAUUCGCUCUCGGCACAGUCGAAAGCGUCUCGAGAUCUCGAGUCAGUAACUGCAGAACGCAAUGCACUCAGCCAGACGGUACAGGAGAUGAAGGGACAGCUUGCACGAGCCGUUGCUCGAGCGGAGGCAGCGGAGGCCAAGGCUCAGUCUGAGGCACUUGAACUAGAGAAGCGUCGCGCUACUCAACUAGAAGAGGACCUUUCCAGCGCUAAGAUUGAACGAGAGAUCAGCGAAGGUAAGCUGAGGCGCGAGAUAAGCGAUUUGCAGGCCACCAUUGAGCAGGAGAAGGAACGGGCCCGCAUGCUGGAGGUGGAACUCAAAGGCGAGCAGUCGAUGCUCGAAAGUAAGAUGGAGUCUCUUCGCUUCAGAGCUGAAGAGGCCUCAUCUGGUGUGGCUGGCGACACGCAAGUGAAAUUGCUUCGUCAGAUUGAGACUCUUCAGACGCAGUAUGCCGUGGCUAGUGAGAAUUGGCAAACUUUGGAGGGCUCAUUGCUUGCUCGAUUGGCAAAUGUCGAAAAGGAGCGGGAUGAGGCCACACGGCGAGAUGGCGACAUGCGCCGGAAGAUACGUGAGACGAAUCUGAAAGUGAAACGGAUUGAAGAAGAGUUCGAAACCGCCAAAGAGACUGAGCAUGAUCUAGAAAGUAAACUUGAGGCGGCAGCCGAAGAGAACCAGAAGCUAGAGCAGAAGCUUAAAAAAGCCACUGACGACCUGGAUCAAGCCCAGAAAGAAUUCACGGAACAGCAAAAAGUAAUCGAUGCGACAUGGGCACAGAAACUCGAAGACGAGCGAGCGAAAUUGCGUGAGCACGCGUCACCUCCGCCGGCUUUCUUGCAGCAACCUCGAACACAGUCUCCAGUAGCCUACAGUCGUCGGCCUAGUGCUUUAGAGCCCAUCGGAACGUUAUCCGACUAUCGGCCGACUAGUCGUCGGCCGUCGACGUUGCCAACCUCGCCAGACACGGGCAACCUCUCGCGCCAGAACUCAUUCCCACUGUCUACUCAGUCCAUCCUCUCGCCCUCGACUGCGACCAGUUCCACACAUCUACCAAUUCCAGAAACGCCCUCGAUAAACUUUGAGCCUGACGAGCUCUUCAGCCGUUCGGCCACCCCCUCCGCAUACGGUGGAGCUCCUACGCAGCACUCACGCGGCAUCAACGACAUCAUCUCAGAGUCUACCGUCGGCGCAGGACCUUCUGUACAAUUGGUCGAGCGCAUGAGUGCCACCGUCCGCCGACUCGAGAGUGAACGUGCCGCAUCGAAGGACGAGCUUUCCCGGAUUACUGCGCAGCGCGAUGAGGCCCGACAGCAAGUCGUGGAUCUCAUGCGGGAGGUCGAAACGAAGCGAGCUUCAGAUACACGCGUACAGGAGCUGGAACAGCGGCUCGACGAGCUUGAUCAGCGGUACGAAACCACCUUGGAGAUGCUGGGAGAGAAAAGCGAGCAGGUGGAGGAGUUAGAGGCAGAUAUUGCCGACCUCAAGAAGAUCUACCGCGAGUUGGUCGACAGUACGAUGAAGUGAAGCUAUUCACUGCCCUGCAUUUUUUUCGACUGAGAUCCUUUCCCUUGUACAUAGAGAUCAAUGCUCUGGGCUAGAUCUCGCUCUAGACGAUGUUAUGUGGUACAUGUAUUUUUGUUUAAAAGCAGC